UGCCGGGCGGGGCUCUGCGAGGCCAGCGCUCCAGCGCCACUGUAGUUUCUGCUGCGCCAGCGCUAGGGCCCACGGUGUCGCUCAGCCCGCCCGAUCUACACUGGUGAUGGCUCCACUGGUCGCUGCUGUAUCCAGUCCACGUGCCCGGCUCUUUGCUUGUUUCCUUAGGCUGGGCACUCAGCAGGCUGGACCCCUCCAAUUGCACACAGGAGCCUGCUGCACAGCCAAGAACCACUAUGAGGUGCUGGUACUCGGUGGGGGAAGUGGGGGGAUCACCAUGGCCACUCGCAUGAAGAGGAGAGUUGGAGCGGAGAAUGUGGCCGUUGUUGAACCCAGCGAUAGGCAUUUCUACCAGCCAAUCUGGACACUAGUGGGUGCUGGUGCCAAAGAGUUGUCCUUAUCGGACCGUUCUACAAUGAGUGUUAUUCCAUCCGGUGUGCAGUGGAUUCAAGAUAGAGUGGCGGAGCUGAACCCAGACAAGAACUGUAUCCGCACAGAAAAGGGCAAGGAGAUCUCCUACAGAUAUCUUAUCAUCGCUCUUGGAAUCCAGCUGGACUAUGAAAAGAUUAAAGGGCUACCUGAAGGCUUUGCUUAUCCCAAAAUAGGGUCCAAUUACUCAGUGAAGACAGUGGAGAAGACAUGGAAGGCCCUGCAGGACUUCAAGGAAGGCAAUGCCCUGUUCACCUUCCCGAACACUCCGGUGAAGUGUGCUGGUGCCCCCCAAAAGAUCAUGUACCUGUCGGAAGCCUACUUCAGGAAGACUGGAAAGCGACCCAAGGCUAAUAUCAUCUUCAACACAGCUCUUGGAACAAUAUUUGGAGUUAAGAAAUACGCAGAUGCCUUGCAGGAGAUCAUUCGGGAGAGGAACGUCUCCGUCAACUAUAAGCACAACCUUAUUGAGGUCCGAGCUGACAAACAGGAGGCAGUUUUUGAGAUCCUGGACAAGCCUGGGGAGACUCACGUGAUUCAAUAUGAAAUGCUUCAUGUCACACCACCUAUGAGUUCACCAGAUGUCCUCAAGAAGAGUCCUGUGGCUGACUCUGCUGGCUGGGUGGACGUGGAUAAAGAGACUCUGCAGCAUAAGAAGUACCCAAACGUGUUUGGAAUUGGGGACUGCACCAACCUCCCAACUUCAAAGACUGCUGCUGCAGUAGCUGCCCAGUCCGGAAUCCUUGAUAAAACAAUUUCUCUGAUUAUGAAGAAUCAAACACCCACAAAAAAGUAUGAUGGCUAUACCUCUUGCCCACUGGUGACCGGCUACAACCGUGUGAUUCUUGCUGAGUUUGACUACACAGCUCAGCCCCUGGAAACCUUCCCCUUCGAUCAGAGCAAAGAGCGAAUUUCUAUGUACCUCAUGAAGGCUGACAUGAUGCCGUUCCUGUAUUGGAAUAUGAUGCUGAGAGGCUACUGGGGAGGCCCAGCCUUCUUGCGAAAGCUAUUUCAUCUGAGCAUGAAUUAAAGAUGACUCAGAACUUGCUCUUCUUGGAUGGCUUCUGGACUAAAAUCGCAGUUACUGAUUGACAUGACAGAUUCGAAGGACUCAGAAUUUCACCCUUUAAGGAGUUUCUUACUGGACAUGGUGACCUUUUUAGACCUCUGAAUAGCUAUCAUGUGGACAACCCAGAAUGAGUCUUUGGAAACAUCCAAAUCCAACAAUAAAACUCUAUUUUAUAACUAAAA